GGGAACACCAAGAGGUAGGUUGAGGAGAAAAACAACACGCAUGGGUGUCUACCACUGAUCCACGUGGCUUCACUCUGCACGCAGAAGGGGAGAGAACAAGUUUUGCUCCCUGCGCGAUGAAGCAUGCAAAUGUAUGCACACGUAUGCACUUCUAUACACCUGUAUGCACUUCUAUACACAUGUGUGGAGUGUUCCUCGUUUCCCCCCGCAGCCACAACAUGGAGAACCUGCAAGACAUUUACUACGUGUACAAGGAAAAUUCAGAUAUCUGCGACUUGAUCAUCAGAAGGUACAACGAAAAUAUUUAUUUGAGCAUCUUUAACAACAUGCUGAUCAUCAUCAACCCACAUGAACACGUGCAGGCGUUUUACAAACUGGUGUUCAAAACGAAGAACAAAAAUAAUUAUAUAUUUAGUUCGUUCAUUAAUUACACGUUACAGAAGAAGCUGGGGAAAGGAGAGUCCGAAUUUGAGUCGCAGGAAAAUUCGGAUGAUUCUUCUGAUGGCAAUUACGGGGAAGAUGACAAAAAUGUGUUCCGCUACUUGGGGCAAAAAAAAAUGUAUCUGGGCAGAGGGAACAUCUUCGAUUUUGAUAAAUUUAAGAAGAAGAGGAAAAAGAACUUAACGGAAUUGAAAAAGGAAUUAUAUAUCAAAAGCAACGAUGAAAUGGCGCAAGUGCACAAAGAUAUUUUGGGCACUUUUAGAAUAGAUUUUAACGAGCUGUUCAACAUUAGGACCGACCCGCGGAGCGCUUCUAUCGACGGUUAUGGCAGUGACUCCCUCGGAGGUUCUGUGCGCGGUUCGGUUGGCUACUCGCUCGGGGGCUCUGCCGGGGGCACGUUCAGCGGCACGGUUGGGGGGAGUGCAAGCGGCACCGCAAAUGACAUAGAAAAUGAUUAUGUUAGCGGUGAUGGUAACGGCUCCCUUGGGGGACCCACGAGCGACGGGCUCGACCAGGGCAGCGCCACCGCUUCCAACUCGCGACAAAGCGGCGUACACAGUAGGAGCGCCUACCAGCCAAGCAGCGUGUCCAAGAGGUCCAUCAACUCCAGCAGUUAUAACAACCUGGGUGAUUCCAAAGAUCCGCAGCUUAGUACAUCAAAUCAUGGGAAUAAAUUAAUCUUCAUAUGUGGAGAAAAAAACAGCAACCAGAACGUAGUAAGUACUUAUGUAUUCAAGCAUAUAAUAAAGAAGGGGAAAAACAAAGAACUGUAUCACGCGUACAAAAACGUUAUGAAUGUGCUCAACUUAUUUUUUAAUUACAAAUGCUACAACUUUGUUAUUCACCUCAGCAGCAGGAACAAACUGCUCUACUUCAAUGUCCUUCCGUGCUUUUUAAGUGACCACAGCAAUGUGACAAAUAUUUGCACCAAAAUGGGCAGCUUCUUGGAGCGCCUGAAUUGGGCAGAUGGGCAGGGCAAACAGGGUGUCGCUAAGAGUACCCACACGCGUGCUCGGGGAGAUCAUCACAAAAUGGAUCACUCCCAAUGUAGCAGCGACGGGGGAGGGGAAAAAGGGACUCCCAGCAAAUAUGAUCACAGGAAGAAGAAAAAAAAAAAAAAAAAAAAAAAUGCCCAAAGAGGAGAACCACAUGCAAGUUCGAGCAACGACUCCGAUAGCACCGAUGCAGAGCGCACAAAGCACCACGAACAGCGACGCUCAAAGGGGAGAGGAAACCAAAACGAAAUUUUUAAUAUACCCUACAUAUUCUUUUUCCUCCUCGGAAGCACCCUGCUGGAUAGCUCAAACAAAUACUACAAGCACUUAAAAUUGCACACACUUGAUAUAAAAAAAAUUUACAAGAAUUAUGUAGACGCCCCUGUCGACAUAGAAAUAAAGGAACCCGACAUAAACAGGACGUUUGAUUAUUUCCUAGAGCUAGGAUUCACACAAGGGGAAAUUCUCUCAAUCAUUAAGUUAAACUUUGCACUCAUUUUUAUUAAUAUAUAUAUCACCAUAAGGACAUGUUUGCACAAAAAUGAGGAGGAAACGCUGAACUUCCUACAACUGCAGCUGAUUAAUGUACAGGAUUAUAAAAAGUUAGUAAAGUCAAACACCAUGAAGAGAGAGGGGGGAAAAUCCUCAUCCUCAGAUUAUUCAAAUGAGAGUUUUCCAAAUUUUAUAAAUUUUCAAAAUGAGAAGUACCUGAGCAGCGAUUUUAGCUCCUUUACGGAUGAAGAAGAAAGCAUAAGCUGCAUUAGGCAGGUUCUACAGAAUGGGCGCGCUGAAGAAAAGGAGACCAAAGUGCGCAGCUUCAAAAAUAGGAAGAUGUGCACGCCGCUGCAUAGGAACAUUGACAUGCAUUCCAGCAAUAGCAGCCAUCUGCGAAUGGGCAGGGACGACAGUGCGGCAACGAGUGGGGGGGAAAAAACCGAUGAGUCGAAUAGGCACGAAAAUCACAUGUACACAAGUAUAACCAGAAGAAGUGGAGAGAGAAAGAAAAAAUCCAAUUAUUUCAUAGUAUUCGCAGGACACAUCAUGGAGGAAUACAUUGCUUUCUUACUAGGUGUCGAUUUAAAGGGGAUGAUCAAAAUGUUAAAUAACCCCAUAAGGCUCAAAAAUUUAUGUUCCACUAUCUUUUUCAGAUUAAAAGUUAGAAUAAUAAAACAAAUUAAUGAGUACCUUAGAACUUACUUCCUGAAUGGUACCGUUGCUCACUCCUUGUAUGUGUAUAGCAAUACGGGCCUGACCGCAAACAUCUCGGAAGAAAGAAAAAGUGAGAGUGGCCAAAAAAAAUACAACAACUUAACCCAACUUAUUAACAACAUAUAUAACGAAAUACUGCACCAGUAUUAUUUGAAAAUGUCAAUGUUUAAUAUGGAUAGCUACCUCGUGCAUACAAUAAAUGCGUUAAACGAGUCGAGGGAAGAAAAUGAUGACUACGACUCUGCCAUAGGAAGUACAGUGGAAAAGUACAAACGAUUCAGUGAUCACCUCUGUAGAGGUAGUAUAAUCAGUUUUUACAUUUCCCAAUUUGGAAAAAAUACCAUCCUACAUUUGCUAGAAAAAUAUACAUAUAAAUUUUUACGCACCCUGGAAAAUUGCCAAGAGGUAAAGGGCAUAAGCCCAUCCGUCGUCAUAAAAGCAGAGUAUUACAAAAUGGUGUACCUAUUUUGUGUAGAAGUUUCACGUGUAGUCAGGCGCCUUACUGAGGGGGUGCACUCCAGAAGGAUUUGCGAUCAGGGAGAUAGCGGCAAUAGUAGUGAUAGCCUCGGAUGUAGGGCCAGGCGCGAUCGCGGUGAUCACCCCGUGGGAACCACCCAUUAUAGGAAGGAUGGACGGAGGAAGAGAGAAACAAAAUUGGCUGAUGAGGAGUAUGCGGAAAAAAUGCUGCUAAGGCUGAUGGGAGAGAUCGCCAAAGGUGAUAAGAAGGAGGGGCAUGCGGGUGGAGGCAAUCUGGCAGGAAGGAGAAGGAGAAAAAAAAAAUUCUCCAUAGUGCACUACAACGACGAAACGGUUACGUACCGAUGCAACAACAUGAUUUUGGAUAAUGCCAAAGAUCUGUGUGCACUUAAUGACACUAUACAAAUCAUAGAAAAGAGUGAAAUGAAAUUUUUAAGAAAAUUAUUUUUUGAAAAUUCGUUCCCGCUAAAGAACUUUAAGAGCAACUUUUUAUACGACGAAAUUUGCUUCUUCUCCAGUGUUAUAAAAAAUACGUACGAGAAAUUCUUCGUGCUUCUUCUAAAUGAGAGGGAGAGGAAAAGGCAAGAUACAUUCCUAGUGCCCAAGUACAUGACCAAAUAUGUCAGAAGCACUGGCAGAGGGUUUGGUGCCUAUUCUGUUGGGAGAACAUCUCGCAGCAGCAGCAGCAGUGGUAGCCACCGAAGUAACAUGUUCAGGGGGGAUAUAUUUUUCCCCUCAUCUGCAAAUAGGGCAUUUUUUGGCGGCAGGGGAAGGUCAAGCAGAAAUUUCUUUCUCAAUUCUGCUACAAUAUCAGGGGAAGAAAUCACCGAUUUUUCUGAACUGAAAAAAAAAAUAAACAAGGAACAUGUCAAAUCUGUUAUAGACAUGCUAAAUUUGAAACGAAUUUUUAACUACCAGUUGAAGUAUUUGUACCAUAGCUUAACCUGCCUAGACUUUAUCAAGAAGUAUUUACUAUUCUGCAUCCACGUCAGCAGGGAUGGGGACUUGAUUAAGCUCGUCAAUUAUUACGAGCUCAGGUGCAAGAAGAGGGGCGAGCACAGCUGUGUAAGAGGUGUGGGGAGGGCUGAACAGGGGGAAAAACAUGCAGGUGUGGAAGCUCAUACGAACGUGGGUGAGACCGUUCGGGAUGCUGCAAAUGAAGAUGGAAGUGUUAAAGAAAGUGCUAAUGGGGAUGUAGCCCCCAGCUCAGUUGGCAAUGCUGCUACUAAUCCAAGGGGGAACGUCGCUCCCAAUGCAAAUGGAAACGACGCUUCCAACCCAAGUGGGAAUGACGCCCACAGCGCUAGUGAAAACGCCGCGCCCAGUUCAAGAGAAAGCAUUGAGGGGAACGUGGCCGGAGGAGGGGUGGUAACCGAGCAGGAGAAUAACCCACAAAGCCAUGCACCCAACAAGAAAGAAACCCCAAAGAACGCAGAAAAUUUCAACUACCUAAACUGCCUGAACGUUCAGGAGAAAAAAGAUCUGUGCAAAAUAAUUUUGUACAAUUUUAACAUAUCAAAAAAUACGUUUUAUUUCCGGGAUUUUAUAUUCCUAAGCAAAUAUGUUUAUUUCAUUUUAGAAAAUUUGAGAGCCAAGUACGUAAAAUCGAUAGUGCCUUACGUCCGCAAAAUUGAGAAUUGCUACUUGUCGUACAAAAAUAGGAAAAUAAAAUUCUUCCUUAGAGACAAAAUUGUUACCAUUCAAAACUACAUGAGGAGGUUCCUCUUUCUCGAAAGGGUGAAAACAAUGGAGAGAAGGAAAAACCUAUUCGUAUCGUUUAUCAUAUUUUACAGUUACAUUGUAAAAAAUAAAGACUUUGACGAAACGAAGGAGACGCUGGAGUUGUGCAAAGAGAAUUUCAUGAAGAAUGAAAAGAAGCUAAUUCGACAUGCAGCCAGUGUAUACAUACAAUCUUGGUAUAGAAAAAUAAUGCAGCAAAGAAAAUAUAGAGAAUUAAAAAGGGAACUCUUUCAAAAAAAGGCCAUAGAAAAUAUUAACAGCGCUAUUAGAACUUACCUCGUUCAGGUAAAAAUUGUAAAACAUUUGAACGAAAUAAUUAUCCCUAACAAAUCUGCCCUUUUAAUUCAAUCCUACUUUAGAAGAUACAUGUGUCUUACAAAUUUCCAGAAAAAACUAUUUUUAAAAAUUUGCUUCUUAUCUAUUAAGAGAAAGUACGUAUCCUACUCGAAUGUCCUCAUUAAGGUCAAUUACCAUUACUUGUUAAAAAAUAUAUACAGCAGAAAUAUCAUUCAGAGUCAGUUUAAAAUUCCCGAAGCGGUGAUUAAAAUUCAAAGCAACUACAAGGCGUAUGUGGUGAGGAAGCAGUUCACCAUGCUGAUGGGAGCCAUAUACUUCACACAGGCGUACAUACAUACAUGCGUAGAAAGGAUUAGAUAUAUCAAAAUGAAGAAAAGCAUAAUUCUAAUUCAAAGGUGGUGGAAAAAUUUUUAUAAAUUAAAAACACUCUUCUCACAAGUGCAGUUUAACAUAUACGGUAGUGAGUAUGACAAGAACAAGUAUUACUUUUUACAGAAAAAUAAUUUCCCAUUUUACAAAUAUUAUAUCUUGAAGGAGAAAAAAGCUCUAAAGCUUCUAACCUAUCACAUUUUACUAAAACAGUGGUAUUUUUUUUACUUUAAGAAAUUCCAAAAGAAAAAUCAUCAAUUUAAUAUUGUGUUUAAUUUAAAAAUGUAUAAAAAUGUCUCCUAUCAUUAUACCCUCCCGUGGGCAUAUAAAAUUAACAGCAUUUUAAAAAUUAUUCACAUGGAACAAUUGUUUCAGAAAUGCACUAACAAUAGCCAGAAUACCAUUUUUAACAUUCCCGUUUUUGGGUCCAUUCAAAUUUUCGUUGGGGGAUCCCACACCAUUCUGCUAAUCAGCCAAAGUGUUAUCAGCGAGCCUGUCGGUGAUGCCCAAGACGGGUUCACCACCACCAUGCGGAAGAGCAACACCUAUGGGGACCGGAAGAACUACUACGCCAAGUUUGUGUACAGCUUGGGUUCUAACGAUUAUGGGCAGCUCGGCUAUUACAACCUGUUUGAGAAGAAUUUUAUCUACCACACGAGCGGCAUGGGGAGCGGCACAGUUAACCACCUAGCAACGAACAGCAAAGUGGAUCACCUAGCAAACGCGGGGGUGAGCGGUCGGGAGGAGCCGAUUCAGCCAAACGGUAAACGCAGCGAAAGGAAAGCCUACCCCCGGGGAAGGAGCCAGGACAUGACGAACUUCUCAGAUCAUAGCGGAGGAAGAUGUAGCUCAACGUGGGAUACCACCAAAAGGGAAAGCACCUCCAGCAGUGUGGGACCCCCUCCAGAAGAAAACAGAACCGUCGCUUCGCAGCUGAGAAGAAAUUCGAGACCUCCCCAAAGCCGAAAAGGAAGCACUUCACCUCACCGAAGCGGAAAUGGAAGCGCUUCCCCCCCCCAAAGCGAAAAAGAAAACGCUUCGCCCCCCCAAAAGGAGAAAAAAAGAGAGAGCAACCCCGCAGAGUACAGCCUAUGCAGCAAGUAUAAGAAAAACAUCCAACAUUUAAUUUUCGAGCACAAACGUAAAUUCACAAUUGACAAGAAGCUUUUUUCGAAUACCCAUGGGGGGGAGUGCAUGCAGGACAUUGUAGAUUACCAAAUAAUAGAUAAAAAAAAUGCAAAGGGGGAAAAUGAAAAAAUCGUGGAAUUCACCAAAGUGGUAAGUGAAACAAAUAAAAUUGCAAACAUUAGUUGUGGGUCUGAACAUACAUUAGCUUUAUCAGAAAAUGGAAAUGUAUAUUCUUGGGGGAGUAACCUAUUUGGGCAGUGCGGGCAAAAAUAUGAAAGGAGUAUAGUAAGAUAUCCUAAAAUAAUAAAACAUUUUUUAAAAAACAAAAUUAAGAUUAAGAAUAUUAACUGUGCAUCCUAUCAUAGUGGGUACAUCUGUAGAAAGGGUGAUCUCUACAUGAGUGGCAAUUUCUUUUUCAUAAACUUGAAAUAUUUUUGCGAGAAUGUGUACGAACCUGUGUUUUUAAUAUCUGGGUGCCACUCAAUUCUAUGUAAUGACAGCUACAAUGUGUGCCUAAGGAGCGAUAAAACCUCUCUGUACAUUUGGGGUAAUAAUUACAAGUGCAUCUUAGGGUUAAAUAAGAAGAAGUUAAGAAACCUCGAUGAAAUAUCUAUCUACCCCUUGACUUCCCUUUCGCCAAACAUUAGCGUAAUCAAAAUUGCAUGCUCCGACAAUUUUGUCUGUUUGAUUGCGAAGCCUGGGUAUACUAAACAUUCACUGUACAUGUGGGGACAAUUUGGGCUUAUCGAAAAAAAAGAAGAAAGCUCCUCCCCUGUAGUCCCUCACACGAGUAACGUUUUUAACAAAUUUAGGAUUAAACCUAACAUGAACAAUUUGAGGAGCCCCGAUCCGGAGAGCGCAAAUAGCGGUGGUGACGCCACCGUCGCACGGGGCAAAAUAAUAUUCAUUGCGAACCCCUCCCCCGUUCACGACCCCCUGUGGGACGCUGUGGAAGCGAUUGAUGUGUGCUGCGACUUGGACGAAAUUCUGGUCCUGAUGAACAACCUCUGCUUGUACGGAUUCAGCGCAGUCGAAAUAGUCAGUAGCGAUGAUAAGAAAGCGAAAAAGAAGGAAACGAAUUUAUCCUACUCCUACUACGGAAGAAGAGAGAUGGAGCAGAAAAAGGAAAAACAAAACAUCUACGAGGAACCAGAAAUUUACGAUCAUAUAAAACUUUUAAACCCAUCCCUCUACAUGUUUAAGUAUUUCAAACCGUCCUACUUUAACAUAAAAAAAAUUACCUGCAGUUACAGUAGGAACAGCUUAUCAAUUAUGAAUGCAACAAUGGGCGAGUACGAAGUUCCCACGGUUGUCAAAAAGAUGGAUUUCGUCACCCCCUCGGGUGAUGUUAUGCAAUUCCCGGAAAAAAUACGAGAGGCCAUAUUAGCCAACGCGAAAAGGGAGUCCAACAAAUGGAUUAAGUCAACGGAUGAUCCCUACAUAAACGUAAAAAAAAAAAGAAAUAAUAAAAAAAUGCAUAACUUUUGUGUCCGUAUCAUCUACGCAAAGCGCGUGCAUAAAAAUUUUGCAAAUGUGCGACGGGUUUGUUAA